AUGUCACCUGGCGUCCUCCUCGCCCCAGGCUACUUGACCUACCUGGCGGCGACUGCUUGGACCAUCGGAUAUAGGUUCGCCUGGUUGACGAUGGUCUAUCCUCCAGAGCGUCGCGCGUUCUUCGGGCUGCGUGACAACGAGAAGAAGAAGUGGGCCGGGAUCGCGAUUCUGUGGACCUUCAUCCCGAUUUGGCUGGACAGCAUCAAGCCUUACUUGUUGCUGCUCGCCAGCAUGGUUAUUGACGCCGCCUUCUGCCUCUGCUGCUGCAUCAUUUCUUUCGCCCUCCAAGAAUCCAGAGACGCUAUACCGCUCGGGGUAUGCGCUCUGGCUUCUGGCUUUUUGGUCGUGUACCAUGGGUGGUACAACGUCUGCAUGCAGUGGAAGUAUCUCGGAGUCAACAACAGCGUCCAUAUGGAGCACUCGAAGUAUCGACACAAGCACCACUUUGCGCUGGUGAAGUCGGCCCCUUGGGGAAAGGAACUUCGGUACUUCAUCUACGACGGCAACCCAUGGGAUCUCGGUUCUAGAACGGCCAACCUACGAGCGGCUUUGGGAGCCAGCAUCUGGGAAUGGCCUCUGUUCUGGCGACAACCCGAGCGAGUCGAAAAGUACGGACGAUACGGUAGCGAAAGCGACCUGCCAAUGUCUGAGCGCUUUCUCGCCAUGGUACGGCGCUUGCGAGAAGAGGAGCCAACUGCGAGCAUCCCUCCGGUGGAGGAACCACGACGCGGGCGCUCUUCGGAGCACACGUCUAGUGGCGACAUCGCGGGGACGUUCGAACUGCAACGAGUCCAGCACACUCGGGCCGACAUUCACCCUGCCUUCCGCCGUCGUCAGGCGACGGAUCGCAGCAGCGCCGACAUUGCAGACAUGGUCUAG